AUGAUAUUACCACCUUCAGAUCAAAUACUUCAUUCAGUGUAAUCAAAAUAAUGGUUUAACUCUCGAUGUUAAUCUAAAGUUAAAUUGUAAUAUUUGAAAUCAUCACGUGAAAUUAUGAACGAUAAUGUUGUCACAAACACAUUUCGUCUAAUUGAUAAAGAUUAAUCAUGUAAUUCUAUUCAAUCUUAUUUGAAGAGACACUUGAAAUCGAAGAAUUGUACUCUAUGUUUCUUAAGAAUGGUUAUCCAAUAAAUAUUAAUUUGCUUAGAGGCUUUUUUGAGAAAGCAGAUAAAGACAAUAACAGUACUUAAAUUUCUAUAUGUUUUAGAAUCAAUUGAGUUAGAAGAAUUUAAGCAUGUUAUGUAUGAUGAAUAAGCUAUUCAAUGUAAUUUGCCUUACUUAAUUAGCUUUUAGAGAAAUGAUGAGAAAAAUGAGAGAAUAAGCCAAAGAAUCAAACUAUUACUCUACUGACUUUGUUAGAUUAUUGAGAUAUCUCUCUUAUUGUUAAGAUAGAAAUGCUCUUUAAUUCUAAAUUAAUGUAUGCCAUCUUCCAUUACCUAGAAUCACAGACUAUCAGUUGAAAAGAGAUCAAAAUUAGUAUCUCAAUUGAUUGAGCUCAAUCAUCAAUAUAAUUAAGAUUAAUAAAUUACAGAUGAAUAGUUACAACCAAGACCCUAUAAAAAAUAUACUAAUGAAAAGAAAACUUUGCCACCUCUAAAUAAACAUUAUGUUGGUAAUUCAAAUCCAUCUUCCAUCAUUCAAUCCUAAUUUAAAUUGAACUUAAGUGAUCUUCAUAAGAAUUCGAUCUUAUCCUUACCCUCUUACAAAUCCCCUCAAAACACUGACAGAAGUAUCAAGUAACAUACACAGAAAUAUCAAAGUUAUCUUAGAAUCAACAAUAAAAUAUUUGGCAUUAAUAAAAAAUGA